AGAAACAUGAAACGAAAUAAAGAACUUGAAGUUUCUUUCAAGUUUGUGCGGGAACCGCCGGCAAUUCUGCUCUAUCAUCAUGACAUCAACGACCCGCCCACUGAGCCCCUGUUUUUCUUUUACCGCAGAUGUUUACUUCUUUUCCAUUAUAAAUAUACAAUAGGCGGGUCCCCUUAAAAAAGCCCUCAAUGUCACGCCUAACUUAAGCACUAUAAUAGAGUAAUAGAGAGAGAGAGAUAUACUUACAUUCUUUUUCUUAAAAUCACACUUCAAUUGCUCAAAAAUUAUCACCCAUCGACGUUUAAAGUAAUAUCGAAGAAAAAAGGCAACCAUGACCCAGCCCAUUAAAACCGAUACUUGGCUCGUCGAGGGCUCAAACGGCUUCGACAGCCUUAAACUUCAUCGCGAUGUCACAAUUCCAGCACUGGGCGACUAUGACUGUCUCGUCCAGAUCCAAGCUGUCUCCCUUAAUUACCGAGACCUCGUCAUUCCACAGGGCCUCUACCCAUUCCCCCUGACCCUCCCUCGAAUCCCCUGCUCCGACGGCGCCGGCAUCGUCCUCGCCACGGGGCCCCGCGUCACCCAAUUCCGCCGUGGCGACCGCAUCUGCACCCUCUUCAACCAAACCCACCAAGCCAACCCCAUCACGCGCACCUCCAUGGCCUCCGGCCUAGGCGGCACGCUCGACGGCACCCUGCGCAAAUACGCCGUGCUGCCCGAGACAGGCCUGGUUAGCGCGCCUAGCAACCUCAGCCCCGUCGAGGCAAGUACGCUCAGCUGCGCGCCCCUGACGGCCUGGAAUGCGCUGUACGGCCUCGUGCCGCUGAAGCCCGGCGACACGGUGCUGACGCAGGGGACGGGCGGGGUGAGUCUUUCGGCCAUCCAGUUUGCGCUGGCGGCUGGGGCGACGGUGAUUGCCACGACGUCGUCGCAGGAGAAGAUGGAGCGGUUGAAGAAGAUGGGCGCGCAGCAUGUGAUUAAUUAUAAGACGACGCCUGAGUGGGGGGAGGUUGCGCGGUCGCUUACGCCUGGUGGGAAUGGGGUGGAUCAUGUUGUUGAGGUUGGCGGGCCGGGGACGAUGGCGGAGUCUCUGAAGGCUGUGCGGAAGGAAGGUGUUAUUACGAUUAUUGGAUUUUUGGGAGGUACGGGGGGUAAGGGGGAGAAGGAGCCUAGCAUUUUGGAUCCGUUGGUGCAGAUUUGUACGGUUCGGGGCAUCCUGGUGGGUUCAAGGCAGCAGAUGGAGGAUAUGGUGCGGGCGAUUGAGGUGAAUAAGAUUCAGCCGGUAGUGGAUGAGAAGGUGUUUUCGUUUGAGAAGGCAAAGGAUGCAUAUCAGUAUCAGUGGGAGCAGAAGCACUUUGGCAAGGUGGUUAUUAAGGUGGACGGUUGAUUGGCCUUGUAUUGUACAGGGAUCUGUAUGUUAUAAGGAUCUUAGGGCAUAGGGCAUGGUCAGGUGACCCACACAAGCCUCGCCACCUCAUAUCCACCCGCUCACCUCUAGCUUAGAUAGCUUCUUCUUCUUCUUCUUCUUCAAGAUUCAGUUUCAAUAUGAUCUAGUAUACUGCUGCUAUUCACCCUGAUAAAGUUAGUCUUCAUUCUGUAAUAUUACUGCUAUUAGUCACAGAUCUGCAGCAUUUUUUUUUCUACAUCUUCAUACACAGUGUUCUGCAGUAAAAAAUGAUAUUCAGUCAAAUUAUAUAAAUUCAAGCUCUUACAGAUCAAGUUAAUGAACUAAUCACUCAGAAUUAUUAAAUAACUGAUAUUAAUAUAUAUAGACUGACUGUGUGACUGUGUCU